AUGGCAUUAGCCAUUCGCACUUCUCUGCUUUUCAAAGCCAAAGCCAGCAACGCCCCUUUGCGCCAUUCUGCGCCAUCCUUGCUACAUCAUGGCGGCGUCAGGUGCUUGUCAGGUGCGUAGCUCUUUGGUCUUCCUUUGCGAGCCCUGUCCAGGCAUUCCCCCCUCCCCCUUCUGCAAGACUCUCGCUUUAGCUACCCAAACUCCUCUUCUCUUGCAGCCACAUCGACACUGCGAAGCGCAGAUGCCGAGCAGGAGCUGCUGACUCGAUUGAGAAGCGCAUUGAAGGAUGCCAUGCGGGCCAAGGACCAAGCCAAGGCGGGCGUAUGGAAGGAGGUGCUGUCCAAGUACGAAACGUCUCAAAAGUCUUCCACCUCCACCACCACCACCACCACCAACCUGCUCUCCAUUCUUCGCAAAGCUCAAGCAAGCCGCGUAGAAGCUGCAAAAGACUUUCGAUCCCUCGCUUCGCCCAGGGAAGAUUUGGCAGAGAGCGAAAGCAAGGAAGCGGAAUGGAUCGCAUCGUUGUUACCCGCUGAGCUCUCUGCCGAUGAGCUGCAGGAAGCUGUAAAGAAGGCCAUCCAAUCGAUUGGCGAUCAGGGCAAGUCGACGAUGGGCAAAGUGAUCAAGGAGGUCAGCGCUGCGACGCAAGGAAGGGCAGAUGGAAAACAGAUCAGCCAGGCUGUCAAGAAGGCGCUGGGUUUGUAG